GGGGGCGGGACUUUACAGAAUGCGGAUAGAAGCAAGAGCAAGUGAAGGGGAUUUUCUUUUCGUGUCGAGCUCAUCAGGAUGAUUCCUGUGGUGCCGGAGACGUUCACUCAUGUCUUGGCCGAGUUCGACAGUUUCGAUCCUUUAAUUUCUGCCCUGCGCCUCGAUUCAGGCAGACUCAAGUGCACGUGCCUUGCUGUGUCACGCAAAUGGCUCGCUCUCGGCACCUCGGCCGGAGGCCUGCACCUUAUACAGAGAGAUGGAUGGAAACAGAGACUUAUCCUCACCCACAAGGAGGGUACACUUACACACAUCGCGUGCUGUCCACACGAUGAAGACUUUGUUGCUGUAGCAACAAGUGAGGGCCUGGUGGUGAUUUGGGAGCUGCAGGCUGAGCGCAGAGGUCGUCCUGAGAGGGCGUCUGUAUCGUGGGAGCAUCGUGGCCAAGUUAUAACAGCUUUAUGCUGGGACACAGGAGCUCUACGGGUGUUCAUCGGAGACGCAGCAGGGAAAGUGUCCUUUGUACGCGCCGGGACCUCCAAACUCGGCAAGGGCUCAGCAUUUGUGAUCUUCCCAGUUCAGUCCAUCACAACAGUCGACUCUCGUGUGGUGCAGUUGGGAUACCUGGAAGGUCAUCUGUUGAUUUCGUCUCUCAGCCGCUGCUACAUCUGUGACACCGAAAGGGAGAAGUUUUGGCGAGUGGGGAAUAAGGAACGCGACGGAGAGUACGGCGCUUGUUUUCUUCCGCAGAUGCAGACCGGAUCGAGGACACCCGGAGCAGGCGCCACCCAGCUCGUGUAUUGUGCUCGGCCAGGCUCGCGCAUAUGGGAGGCCAACUUCAGCGGCGAGGUGCUCAGCACCCAUCAGUUUAAACAGCUGCUUGCCUGCCCGCCUCUGCCUCUCAUCUCUUACAAGAAUGAGCCACAUUAUAAGCCAGGUCAGAGGAGUCCUCAGUCCCUCGCCUUUCAUCGACUGCUUCAACUCAGUGAUCACAACCUUCUGACAUGGACAGACUCUGCCAUUUAUAUCUUUACACCGCACAGUGGGCAGGUUUUGCUAUGGACCAAAAUUAAGGAUAUUGUAGACAUUGCAGUGUUUCGCAAUGAGUUGUUUUGUCUCCAUGGUGAUGGGCAUCUGUCUCACCUGCUCUUGAUGCCUGCUGAACGCUGUGUGGAGCGACUGUUGAAACGAGAGAACUGGACACUGGCUGCCUCUGUGUGUUGCAUGUUCCAGCACGCCAUAGUAACCUGCAGGGCAAGAAAAACCAUCGCUAUGGAUCGCUUGGAACAUCUCAAGGCCCAGCUAAAUCCAACUUCUCAGCAGGAGCUGAUUGGCCAGUUGGAGGCAGUGAUCAGCAAGCUGGAGCCUUUGGACUCUGCCUGUAGCAGUCGCAGAAGCAGCAUCUCUUCUCAUGAAAGCUUCAGUGUGCUGGACUGUGGCAUCUACCGAGUCAUCAGCCGCAGAGGCAGCCAAUCAGAUGAGGAUACUAACUCCCUCCUUAGUCAGUCAAUGCUGGAGGAGGAAAGGAUGAAGGAGUUUAGCUUUGCUCAGGAGGAGGAGCAGGUGGAGCCUGACCCCCAGUCAUGUGUACGUGUCGAGGGGGACAAAUCAGAUCUCUCAGGCCUGCAGUUUCACCUCCCACUCUCAUUCCGUCCAAAACCACCACUCAUCGCACUGCAGGCUGUUAAAGACAGCGUUUCAAGCUUUGUGAAGAGGACUACCGAAAAAAUCAACAACCUGCAGAUGAACUCUGAGCUCUGGGCCCGACCUGACCAUAGGGAUGGUGGACAGGGAGAAGUCACUCCCUCAGUGACUUCAUGUAGAGAUGAAAUGGACAAUGAGGAAACCGUCGAGCAAGCCGAGAAUGAGUUACGCGAACUAAGGGCAGCAACGCAGAAAGCCAUGUUGCAGAUCCAGGACCCUCUCAUUCUACUGGAUCCCAAGUGCUUGACUGAGGUGCUCCUAGAGUGGCUCCCUAUUCUGGAAAAGGUCUUGUGUCCAGAGAAGCCCACAAUCAGUGAGAUGGAGAAUGUGGAGAAGAAGCCAGAGGAGAAAAUGGAAGACGGUGAUGUCAUCCCUCGGGAUGACAGCGGAUUUGGAAGCCAGUCGGAAUCCGAAAACAUCUCAACCCUUGCAGAGGAAGAAAGCCUUACAGACAGUAACCUGAGCUCGAAUGCUUUGGCCGCAAUGUCUUCAGUUGCCAUUGUGGCUCCAGUAGAAUACAACUUGCCCUCUGACCUCCAGGAUGACCUUUCACAACUUGCAAGCCUCUGCUUGGACUUAGGCUGCCCAGGUGGAGCAGGUGAUGGAGAGAUGGAGAGGGUUUGCUUGUUCUUGCGGAGGUUCUUUUACCUGCUUGAUAAGGAGAGAGUGAGGAAGAUGUGCACUUUGAGAUACAGGGAGCAACCAGAUGUCCUUAAAACCUACAUUACGUGCAUGCUAGAGUUCACCCAGGCCAGUAAAGUGGUGGAAGUCAUUCAGAAAGGUGAUUUGCUCAAGUCGCUGCGCAGCCUGAGAGAUCUGCAGCCCUGUAAUACUCCAGUGCUUCUUACACACCUUUACAGACUGUAUGAGAAGCAUGGAGAAAUGGCUGUUCGGGCGUACCCCCAGUUCUAUCCUACAAUUCCCCCUUCUGACAUUAUAGCCAUGGUCCAACCCAGUCAUUUUUUGCCUUACCUAGACAACCUGAUUCAGUCCCAGGCUGAAGAACAAAGACUCUCUUUCUUAGGCUCACUUCUUCAGCCUGAGACGCUGCGACAAGUUUGGCUGGAUCUCGCUCUUACCCACGAUGCACCACGGAAAGAUGAUCUCCUGACAAAUGAUGGAAGCCCAAAGUGGCACGCUCACUACUUCCGCUGGGGUUACGUACGUCUGCUGAAUUUGCUGAUCUGCCUGCCGGCUGACUUCCAGUCCAAACAGACAAUGAUGGAGUCCUGCAGACUUCAUGGGUUCUGGACAGGCUAUCUCUACCUGUGCAAAGAGCUGGGAAGACGUAACGAGGCUUUCUCGGCCAUCUGCAGCUUGGAUGAUAUGAGUCUGCUGGAGGAAUCCAAUGGUGUCGCUCCCCAGACAAUGGAAGAGUGGAUGUUCCUAAUUCAGCUUUGUCAGCAGAAAACCACAAGCCCAUCAACAGCCAUGUCAUUUCUCCCCUCUGACUCCAACCCCCCUCCCUCCACGUCCGAUACCGUUAACGGCACCGGAGCCGAAAGCUGUAUGGAUAACGGUAACGCCGCUGAUGAUGGACCUGUCGAUUUGACCGACGGUUCAGCAGACUGGAGCAGCCAAAUCACUGCUGAGAAAUUAAUACUCUGUCUGGCAGGGAUUAUCGGUCCGGACCGGGCCGUAGCAGCACUGCAGGAGUGUGGGCUGCACUCAGAGCUGAGCACACACUCUACCCUGGUGUGUGAGCUGCUGAGAGUGGCAGAAAAGAGGCAGAGAGUUCUGAUCCAGACCAUGCUGGAGCGGUGUGAUCGCUUCCUCUGGUCUCAGCAGGCGUAAUGAUGAUUUCUGAGGAUUGUUCCAGGAUCUGCACGUGUCCUUACUACACCCUCACACCAACCAUCAGGACAAUGUGAAUGCGCUCUUCAAACUUCCGAACUACAGCCUGCUUUUAUAUGUCAAAAGUUCUAGGUAUAUUAUCCACAGUGCUUGUGUGCUUUCUGCUGUUUAUUUGCUAGAGACUCUAAAAGUGUUACAAACAGAGUGGAGAAAUUGAAAAUGUCUGUUGUGCCUGUUCGCCUUCGUCCCAGCUGCUGACCUUUCACUCAUUUUGAUACGGAUGAUUGUUUUUUUUCCCCAUUCUUCUGGGAAGAUGUUUCACUAGAUUUUGGAGUAUUCUUGUGGAGAUUUGUGUUCAUUCAGCCAUUUAGUAAAUACAGGUGCUGAUGUAGGUGAGGUGAGGAGCCCUGGGGUGCAGUCAGUGUUCCAGUUCAUCCCAGAGGUGUUCACGGAUCUGGUUUUGUGCACAGGGGGCAACCAAGACGAUUACGUGCCAUCAACUUUAUGGUAACAGUUUGAGAAAGAACCACACGUAACUGGAAAAAAGUCAAGUGUCCCAAUACAGGACUUUGCUAUAUAGUGUAUAUGUGCUUUACAGUAUUAACUUUUUUUUUCAUAUUAUUUUGAAAUAUUGACUUCGUUAUUUAUAUAUUGAAUUAAACUUUCUUUUAAAAUACAUUUGAACAGGUCUUGAAUACUAAAAUUGUAUCUGAACAAAUGACCUUAUACAUGUGUAACCUUUUUUAUUUGAAGACUUGUGUCAAAAGAUUCUAUAAUAAUAUAAAGAUUAUUGAUUCUGUUUCGCUGUUGACACGUACCUACGGCAACUGUACAACGUAAGAACGAUGGAAUUGUUUAUUUGAAUGUGUUGCCUAUGCGUUAGUAAACAUAUUUUGAGAUUUA